AGUCCGUGGAUUUAACGGUGAAAGAAUGUAAAAUAGUGAAGGAAAAAAAACGUAAUUAAAAAAUCAUGAAAUUACCGUUAAAUUGACGGUGUAAUGCUGUUAAUGUAAAAACAAGGACAUUUAAUAUGUUUCACCUGAUUGCUUUGUAAAAUGUCUGUUAUUUUACCACCAAACAACAUAGCACACAAACAAAAUAAACAGAUAAUCACUGUAGGCCUAUUGCAAAAAUUUCUGAUGUAUGCUGUUAGCAGUAUGUUAUGCACUUGUGUUUUUUAACAAUAAAUCAGGCAGCUUAAAAAACUUUAGUCUCUCCCAUAAUAAAAUACUUAAUGUAAUAUUACAUAUUAAAUGAAGUAUUUUAAUUGCAAUGACUCCUCCUGAUUUAGACUCCUCAGUAAUGUCAUUAAAUUCUGAAAUUAAUAUGAAAUGCAAUAUGUAAAAGGUUUUAAAAUCCAUACUUUAUGUUAUUGUUUUGGGUUCAUAUGCAAUAUAUUGCAUUUAUAUUAUGUUGCAUCAUAUUAAUUAAAAACAUUUUUAAAAAUUGUAAUUUUUAUGUUAUGUUAAAUUAAGGCUUUACUUUAUGCUACAGUCUUCAUUUUAUUAGUUGUCCACUCAGUACAACGACUUUGUAUAAAGUGAAGGAUUUUUUUAUAAAAUGUAUUGAUUUUUGAACUGUCCAAUCAGCGCCCACGUUGCACCGUUGCCGAUGCCGUUGCCUAGGAUAGCUCAUUAGGUUCGCGGUCUUUCUGGAACACAGUCAAGAAAAGCAUCGUGCUGCUGUUUACUCCUCUGAUUUUAAGUGUUAUUCGUCUCUUUGGUGAGCACAUAUAAGCACAGUUUGUUACAUUUAAGAUAUAAUAAUUGCCUUCGUUAUCAGUUUUAGUUAUGGUUAUAUUCUGAGUUAAGUUACUUGCAAAAAUAUUUGUGAGGUAAACCAUAUGCGCGAGCCCGUUGGUUUGGCGGUCUUUCUGGAACACAGCCAAGCAAAGCAUCGUGCUGCUGUUUACUCCUCUGAUUUUAAGUGUUAUUCGUCUCUUUGGUGAGCACAUAUAAGCACAGUUUGUUACAUUUAAGAUAUAAUAAUUGCCUUCGUUAUCAGUUUUAGUUAUGGUUAUAUUCUGAGUUAAGUUACUUGCAAAAAUAUUUGUGAGGUAAACCAUAUGCGCGAGCCCGUUGGUUUGGCGGUCUUUCUGGAACACAGCCAAGCAAAGCAUCGUGCUGCUGUUUACUCCUCUGAUUUUAAGUGUUAUUCGUCUCUUUGUCCCGUCAGCACUCAAGACGUUGCACUGCCUGCUCUGUGUCGUUUGUUUGGCGGUCUUUCUGCAACACGCACAGGUAAGCAAAUGUUUCACUGUUAACUGGUUAAAUUAAAAUGUAAUGGACAGUGUGAGCUCAGAGUUCAGUUCAAUGUGAAUCACUUUGGAAUAUGCUUUAAAAAUGUACACUUGCAACUUUUGUAGUUUAACAGUGCACAGUUUGAGAGACUAUGUCUUGCACUGUAGACUGCAUCGCAACGAACCGCAUGCAAUUUUCAAAUGUGCAGCUGUUGAUUGCAAACAGUCUUUUUCCAAAUAUGAAGCAUUUAAGAGUCACUUUUAUCGGGGACAUAACACCUAUGCACAUAGAGUAACUGAUACAGCCUUAAUAUGCAAUGUUGCACUUUGUGGUCGUCAGUGUAGCGAUGUGCCUGGUCUUGUUGCUCAUUUAAAGAACCAUAUGAAGGAAGGUCGUGCAGUUAACUGUCCAGUAAGAGGGUGCAAAUAUACUUUUCAAAUUAAGUCUUCUUUUACUUCCCAUAUGUCUAGGAAGCACAGGAAUUGCUCCUUUAACAGCAUUGAUCAUUCACAUCGACAAUCUGCACCAGAGAUUACAUCUGUUUCAACUGAGCAAUAUCCUGCAGCUUCUGACCUGGAUGUAAAUACAGGUGAGUCAGAAGUUGAAAUGGGUUCAUUUGAAAAUUUUGAUGAUUUAUUUUUAAAAAAUCUUAGCUUAUUUUAUCUGAAAUUACAAGGACAGUUUCUUCUCGCAGCUUCUACAAUACAAAAUAUUGUAGAUGAGAUGCAAAAUAUUCAUGAAUUGGGACAAACAUAUACUGUUAGUAAGCUUCAUUCACUUUUGCAGAAUGACCUGUCACUACCUGAGGAAACAAUUUCUAAAAUCCUUGCUACAGUGAAAGAAUCAGACUUGUUUUCUAUGUGUCACAAGGGACCUUUGCGAACAGUGUACUCAAGGAGCCAGGCAUUUAAAAAAGUAUUCAGCUAUGUUGAACCAAAAAGAAUACUUUUAGGUAGAGAUGAGAACCGGAAAGAGCAGUUUGCAUAUUAUGUUCCUGUAAAAGAGACAUUGAGGUGUUUGUUAAAUUCAGAUAUUGGGAAGAAUUACAUUUCAAUGCACCUGACUGAAAACAACUCUGACAUUCUUUGUGAUUGCUCAGAUGGCCAAAUACUUAAGUGCAGAGAUUUCUCUGAAGACAAUCCAAGCCUUCAGCUACUGCUCUAUCAGGAUGCUUUUGAGGUGGUUAACCCUUUAGGGUCUGCACGCAAGAAACACAAAAUUUUGGCUGUUUAUCUCUCUCUCGUUAAUUUGCCAGCUCAUCUUAGGUCAAACACAGAACAUAUGCAGCUGGUUAUGUUGUGCAGGGAGAAGGACUUUAAAGACUUUGGCCAUGAAAGUGUUUUCUCACAGCUAGUAGCAGACCUGAAAGAUCUUGAGGAAAAUGGGAUUUCUCUGUCAGACCAGUCUGUUAUUAAAGGCAGUCUUUACUGCAUUGCUGGAGAUAACUUGGGAUCACACUGUAUUGGUGGGUUCACUGAAAACUUUAGCCAGUCCAAGUACUUUUGCAGGUACUGUCUAAUUACUAAAGAUGAAUUUCAGAGUGUUGACCCAAAUUCAUGUGGUCCACUACGUACUGUUGAGGGAUAUGAAUCUGCUGUUAAACAGUUACAGACAGAAGGCGUUACAGAGGUUCAAGGCAUAAAGUUCAGUUCAGUUUUCAGUUCUUUGAAAAACUUUAAAGUGUGCCAACCUGGCUUGCCACCUUGCCUUGGUCACGAUGUUUUUGAAGGCGUGUUGUCUUAUGAUGUUGUCCUGUACCUCAAGUAUUUUGUUAAGAAAAAGUGGUUCACUUACCCAGUUCUUAACCGUCGAAUCUGUCAGUUCAAAUAUAGUGGUUCUGACGCUCUCUCAAAACCUUGUGAGGUCAGUCCGCAUGGGCUUAAGCUGGCAGGUCAGGCCAUUCAAAAUUGGAAUUUUUUAAGGCUUCUACCUGUUAUACUUAGUGACAGAGUGCUAGAUCCUGCAGAUGAAGUUUGGCAGUUAACACUUCAGCUAAAGGAGAUUGUUGAACUGAUCUGUGCUCAGAAAAUUUCAGUGUCACAGGUUGCUUACUUGGAUGUUCUCAUACAGGAAUACUUGGAGUCCAGAAAAGCAGCAUUUCCUGAAGUAAAUCUGAGACCGAAACAUCACUACUUGCGGCACUAUCCAGUUAUGGAUGAAUCACAGCAAAGGAAUGUAACCAGUGCAAUUGUUCGGGUACUCCCAGAUCUUUCAUCUUCGGUGCUGGCAUCAGUUGUGGAGACACUGAAUUCACUUGGGGUAACUACACCUGAAGAUUUUCAGUAUGUUCAGGAAGCAGAUCUCCUUCCAGUAUUACGACACAUUCAGGCUAGGAAACUGGUAUCUGUCUUGGGCCAGAAUCAACAAAGCACUGGUUGCGGAUCAACUUCAGCAGAAAACAGUGACAGUCAUUUAGCUUCGUGUUCGUCAUCUUCAUCACAUCUUGUCAAGGUUUCCAAAGUGCCUUUAGACUGGGCAGACAACUUUAAAAUUCCAUGGCAGAAGCUUCCAGAAGAAAUUAUUCAUUGUUUAGAAAAAAAGAAGAGACUAAGUCCUCGAUUACGUCGAGAAAUGAUCAGAAUAGUGGUUUCGGACAUGUUGAAGGUAUGUGAUGGUCCCAGUAAACAAAGUUCAACAACCAUUGCUAAAAAGAUGGUGGCCAAAUACCCUGCAUCCCUGCAGGAUGUUAUUGAGGGUGAGAUAGUUGGUUCAGGGUAUCAUUCGCUGGUGAAACAGCUUCAGAAUCGUGUAGAAAACAUAAAGAGAUCAUAUGUGCCAAAAAUCAGAAAACGCAACAGAACGGAAGACUCUGACACAGACGAGAUUCCUGGUGAAAAAAAAGCAGCAGUUCAAGACACUUAUGGUUGUGUGAAUUGGGAAUUAAAACUUAUGCCACUCAGUGAGACUAAAGAGAGCCAGUUGGAUAAACAAGAACAAAUGAAGAUGAUGUCUACAACAGCUAAUCCUGACCCAGAAGUAGUAAGCAGUCUUUUGAAAGCAACAUACUAUACACAACGCAGAGACAUAAACAAUGGAACAAGCAUGCAACAGCUUUGUGAGACCUGGCCUUUUUUGUUUCGAGAGGUUGGCAUGUGUGUACACUUCAAGUUGCUAACAGGAAUCGAUCUAAAGGAGAUGCUCUUCAACAGCUUGGAUAAAAAGGGAAAGCGGCUCCUUAACUUUCUAAAAACUGUUGGUGCAGAACGGAAGAAACGAGUACUUCAAGCUGCUGCAAAACUUGAAGUUAUGAGGGGACAAAUUGAGGGAUGUUCUGAAGAUAUUAAAGACUUGGUACUGCUCCUGCUUGCCUACUUCGAUGAAAAGGAAGAGAUGAUGUUUCACUAUGUUGAAGAGUCUUGCCUUGUUGAAGAUGUACAGCUAGAUAAGUUACCAGCAACACCCUGCAUCGUUGUCUGUGGCUCUUCCUGCUACACAUCAAAGCUGUUCAUGGUGAGCAUUGACCAAAGGAUAACAACUCCACACAUUUCUACUUUCAUCUCAGCAAUAUGCAUAAUGUUUGGCAGCUUCUACUGUUUCAACAUUCAUUAUCCUUUGGAGCUGGGUUCUACUCUGGAGUUCCUGCAAAGAUGCUUCUUUAGCAUAAACCCAGAGAAGGGCACCAAAGUUGAAUGGAAAAAAAAACAAAAAACAGCUCCCAGUGAAUCCCAGAGUCCUUACACUCAUAGCAGACCUUGCGGAUCAUGAAUGGAGAGCAGAUUAAGGUUGGACUCUGCUAUUAGUAUUUUGAUUUUUUUUUUUUUUGAGACAUUUUACAGGUGUUCUGUUCACUUUAAGGAUACAAGUUUGCAAAUUUGUAUUUGUUUACUUAAUCGCAAUGUUAAGUCACUUGCUGAUGCUCAGACUUUGUGUUUGAGAUUUCUGUGUUGUGUGUUGAAUGUUCCAUCCUACAAACUUAUGUAAUGGUACUAUGCGCCUGUAGUCAUUUUAAAAAAGAAAAUAUAUUUGUAGCUGAAAUUAAAUCUGUUUAAAGCCAAUGAAAUUCAGAGAUUUUAAGGUUUAUGUGGUUAUGCUGUUUUGUGUACUGUCAAUUUAUGAAUUUAUAUUUCCCUACGGAAAGAUACUUUUUGAUAUAAAAAAGUUAAAAUCUGUAUGCUCUCUAUACAUGGGUUGUGUAUACCUUUGGUGUUCAUGUUUUUCAUUAACAUGGUUAAACCAUUCUGAUGAUAGAACGUUCUGUGUAUGUUUUUUUAAAUGUUGCUUUCUGGUAAAUUUCUUGUAUUUCAAAAUGUUUGUUCUGCACUCUUGAACUGUUUAAUGAAAAGAAAUAUGGAUGCCUAAAUUUGUGUUUACUGAAUUUGUGGUAUUUAAAUAAAAAUGUAGCCAGUAUAAGUGA